AUGCAAUUCGGUGGAAUAGGAAUCUCUAAUUUACCUAAUCAGCACUGCUCCAACAGCACAAAGAAGACGCAUUCGUACAAUUUGAUAAUAGCUGGCGCGAGGGGACUGGGAAAGACAACCUUCAUGAACAACCUUGUUCGCAAGAAAAUAUUUAGACGGUCUCUGUACCUCGAGAAAAAGGAUGACGGCUUGAGAGAACUACAGUUCAUAGAAAACGAUAUUGUAAGUUCUCCUAAGUCGUAUGAUAUCGGUGACGACUACAUCAAAUACGAUGAGGGCGAGGGCUGGAGUACGACCUGGCUCGAGGAACACAAAGUAACAUUCGAACUUACGUUGGCUCAGAUAUUCGAGCGAGGUAUAAGAGUAAACUUUUCUGCGCUGGAGGUAGGCAAUAUAGGCGAUUGUAUCGACAACACAGAUGCUCAUAUUCCCAUCAUAAACUACAUCAAUAGAAAAUACAAAGAAUACUACGAGAAUGAGCGCAAAUACAGGCGUGAUGAGAUUAUUGACACGCGUAUUCACACCUGUCUGUACUUUUUUGAGCCAGCAGGUCAUUGGAUACGCGAAAUUGACAAGAAAAAUAUUUUGGAGAUCAGCAAGAUCUGUGUGGUCAUACCUGUAGUAGCACGCAGCGACAUGUUCACGAUGGAGGAACGGGAGAUCAUAAGAACUAACUUCCAUAAAACGCUUGAGGAUGAAAAGAUAGGUCUCUACAGGCACCUGCAGAUUGUUCCAUUUUUUGUUGUAAGCAACCACAUAGAUGAGUUCGGAAUUGUUUAUGAGCGACAAUACAUGUGGGGAUCGGUGCAAGCCACCAAUAAGUACAUAUGCGAUACAGAGGAGCUGAGGAAUGUUGUUAUCAGGGACCAGAUGCUGUACGUGAUCGAGGAGUGCGAUAAGUUCUACAGAUUAUAUCGGAAUGCCAUUCUUAAGGAUGAUCUGAUGAAAUAUGUGAAAACAGAGGCUAAAGUCAAGAAUUACGAGCAAGAAGAGUUCGAUAAGUUUUUGUUGGAGUGGUCAUGCGAUCAAGAGAUGUUGUUAGAUUGAAUAAAGUAAUCUUUCU